GUAAAGAAGCCAUCACACCCUGCAUUCAUCGCUGUUGUGGUGAUGACUGUGUUGGAGAAUAGCAAGAAUAUGAAGUCUAUGUGGAUGAAGAAUAAGUAACUUCGCUUCCUUACACCGACUAACUACACAGUUAUGCAAUUUAUUUUUCGUUUUUCUAGUAGGUAAAUAGUGAAGUGUAUAUUCAAGUUCUGUGUAGCAUGCUGCACUGUAGUAUGUUCUGUAAUGCUUUUCUACUUGUAGUAUGUUAGUUUGGUGUCACAAAUCGCAAGACUUAUUAUAGAACUUUUAAAUACUUUCCAGGCACAUGUGAGCCAGUUGUCUUAGUCAUAAUUAGUAUAUGAUGGCAGUGUUUGGAGCAAGAGCAGUUCUUCUAAACCUGAGGUCCACCUUUCAAAGAGCAGCCGUUUUUAGUAGAAGCACAUUAGUCAAGAGUUCCAGGCCUUGUCUAGUCAAGAGAAGGCAGAUUUUCAUCAACAUCCCCAAGGUUACAUUGCUGUGUUGGGGCACCACCGCCGGUGCAUCAUCCUUUGUAGCAAAAUGCCAAGAAGCCUCUGUGCCAGCACAAAUCAUCCCCAGGAAGUCCCUUGUCAAAGUCCAAGUGCACAGACUCGUAUUCCUCCUCCACCUUGGCCUGCGUGCUUUAGUCUUGCUCCUGAAAUUUGGCCCCAUUCUUCUCCUCUCCCCUUUGGUUCUGGUCUCCACUCGCUGGGCGUCAUUCUGGUUAGACGCCCUGCUGUGGGUGACGGAAAGCUCAGGUGCUACCUUCAUCAAGCUGGGCCAGUGGGCCAGCACCAGACGGGACAUCUUCUCUGAGGACUUCUGCGACCGCUUCUCCAGGCUCCACGUGAAGGUGCAACCCCAUCCCUGGGCUCACACCAAGCAGUGUCUCAAGAGGGCAUUCGGGGAUGGAUGGAAGAAGGUGUUGAUGUUCGAGAGCAAAGAGCCGGUGGGUUCAGGGUGCGUGGCGCAGGUUUACCGCGGCUGGGCCAAGAAGGACCAGGUGGACGACCCGGCCUUCCAGACGCUGGUUGAGGAGUUGGAUAAAGAGGACCUACUGGAAGCGUGGGAGAUUCCUGGUUUGGAAGGAGUGGCGAGCUCUCUGUGGAGUCUGUGGAAGGGGAACACUGAGGAUGAUGAGGGGCAGCAUGAGCAGAACAUCUCACAGAAAGAUCACAUACCUGUUGCCAUCAAGGUGGUCCAUCCAGGCAUCAAACGGCAGGUGGAGAUCGACCUGCUGCUGAUGAAGGCUGGUAGCUGGCUGCUGCACUGCCUGCCUGGACUCAAGUGGCUCAGCCUAUGCGAGAUAGUUGAUGAAUUUGAGAAGCUCAUGACCAAACAGAUCGACCUUCGUUUCGAGGCCAAGAACAUUGAGUGUUUUCGGGAGAACUUCCGCCAGGUGGACUAUGUGAAGUUCCCGACUCCCUUACGGCCUUUUGUCACCAGGACCAUUUUAGUUGAAACCUUCGAGGAGAGCGAGCCCAUUUCCAAUUACCUGCAAGGCGAGAUUCCUCAGGAGGUGAAGCAGAUGAUUGCCAGGAUGGGCGUCGACACCCUGCUGAAAAUGGUGUUUGUGGACAACUUCGUCCACGGUGAUCUCCAUCCAGGGAACAUCCUGGUGCAGCGCGUGGGCCCACCGGCGGGCUCCAAAGGCCGGGGGAAAACUACCCUCACCGACUUGUGGGACACGGUGGUGGUGAGCUUCCGACCUGAGCCGAGCCCUUUCAAGCUGGUGCUGCUGGACGCCGGCAUCGUUGCCCGGCUGAGCAAGCACGACCUGGCCAACUUCAAGGCCGUCUUUACCGCCGUGGUGCAGCGACAGGGGGAUCGCGUCGCAGAGCUGAUCCUCCAUCACGCUCGGGCCAACGAGUGCAAAGACGUGCCGCUCUUCAAGAAGGAGAUGGCGGAGCUGGUGGACGGAACCCUCAGCAGCACGCUGUCUCUUGGAAAGGUCCAAGUGGCGGACUUGCUGUCCAGAGUCUUUGGUCUCCUCAUCAAACACAAAGUGAAGCUGGAGAGCAACUUUGCGUCCAUAGUUUUUGCCAUCAUGGUGCUGGAAGGGCUGGGCAGGUCCUUGGACCCCAACCUGGACAUCCUGGACUUGGCCAAACCUUUGCUGCUCAAGAACUCUUCCUCCAAGCGCUCAUAAUCAAACGCUUGGAUGUUCUGAUGCCAAAAUACCUCAACAACUUUUGUCUCUGUAAAUAUCUGGUGAACGAUCACAGUGCAAUGGUACAAGAAGAAAAAGCAGGUAUUUCCUCAUGUAGUGGCAGCGGGUUACUUAACUUCAGAGAGUAUGUGGCAUUGAGAUUAAAGGUUAAGGUGUUUUUUGGUUGUUUUUUUUUUUAAUAACAAUUUUGCAUACGAGGUGCCACAAUAGUUUAUUGGAAGUCCAAAAUCUAGCCUGGGAUUUCGAAUAAAUGUGCUUUUAACAUGGGAACACAGUUCGGUGUAUAUGUGCCGUAGCUUUAAUGCUAAUGAGCUGUUGUGUACUUGAUCCACUUUUGACGUAACUGCACUUGUCCAACAUAAUAGAUGUCAUAUAUUACAGCGGAACAUUAAGGAGCGGGACAGGAGGACACAAACACUAGCAACACUAGCCUGGCUAUGUGAUGCUAAAGUGCUAACAUUGCACUUACAUUUUAACAUUAUGCUAGACGAGCCUAUUCGCUGGAGAAAAACAAAAGCAAACUUAUAGCGCCUACGUCUGUAGUUGACUGACGGAUAAUUGGCAGAGCUUUAUUUUAAGAUGUGUAGAGAAGCCCUUUAAAAAAAAAUUGUACAAAGCUGUUCUCUGAGAGAUGAUAGAUUUUUGUCACGUUGGAACACAAUAUCAAAUUAAAAAAAAUGAAAAGCAUGUGAAAAAUGAAUUGCCUAACAGGGGACCUUUUAGACAUUUAUUAGAGGGGAGGCCUUAAAUUGUACAAAAGCGUUUUCAAAUAUAUAUUUUUGUAUAAUUUUUCCAAAAUGUAUUUAUAUUAAACUACCGUAUAAAUUACUAUGUUUGUGGUUACAGUACACAAUAGGUGCACCGGGGCAUCUUAUUGUGGGGGAUGGCAUCUAUUGCAGUGGAGGCCACUAUUUGAGGAAAUACGGUAAUGCUGUGAGUAGUUUAAAUAGCUUAUUUUUAUGUAAUUUUUAGGACAUGAAUGUCUUUAAUGUUUUUUCAUGUUGUUACACUAAAAUGUCUGACCUGUUACCUCAUAACUUGGUGGGAACAUGCUUUGUGAUGAAACGUAUCCAUCCAUAAUAAAGGGAAU